ACAAGAGAGAGCGUGUGCGCAAGCCCCAAAGUAAGCGAGAUGUCCCUGUGGGGAGCAGUGCCUCUGCACCCCAGAGAGAGGAGGACGCAGGGGUCUGUCAGAGGUGGCUGCUGGGCAAGCAAGGGAGACACCUGUGGAAGGUGGAGGGCUGGUGGCCCCCUAGCAGUCAGGAAGGGGAGCCAGCUAGUGAGAAGAUCGUCAGGGGCAUCUGGGACAGUGCAGGAAAGGCCGGAAGAUUACAGCCAUGCCUCACAGCUCCGACAGCAGUGACUCCAGCUUCAGCCGCUCUCCUCCCCCUGGCAAGCAGGACUCAUCCGAUGAUGUGAGGAAAGUUCAGAGGAGGGAGAAGAAUCGCAUUGCUGCCCAGAAGAGUAGACAGAGGCAGACACAGAAAGCUGACACCCUGCACUUGGAGAGCGAAGACCUGGAGAAACAGAACGCAGCUCUGCGCAAGGAGAUCAAACAGCUGACAGAGGAGCUGAAGUACUUCACAUCCGUGUUGAGCAGCCACGAGCCCCUGUGCUCCGUGCUGGCCAGCGGCACGCCCUCACCCCCUGAGGUGGUAUACAGCGCCCACGCCUUCCACCAGCCUCACAUCAGCUCUCCGCGCUUCCAGCCCUGAAUGUC